AUUAUCUCAUCGAUCAAUAAACAAAUAAACACUUAGCCCAUACCACCAAGACUGUAUGAAAAGUGUACUGCGUUGAAUCGCAGUGAUCGCAUGCUCUAGGAAUGCAUGCACUGGCUUAGGAAAAAACAGAAUUUAAUUGUAAAUGCUGGACGAAACCGUGAAAUGGGUGGAGGGAUUACGCAACCAGCUGCAAACAGCAUUGGUCAGAGACCGAAUAGUAAUCCAGCAAAUGUUAACAGUGGAAGUAAUCAUUUGAUGCCAGCUGCAGUAAUUAAUAAUCCCAAUGGAGAAGCUGAAGUUACCAGUAUUCCAGACGAUUCGUCCAAUAAACAUUUUCAAAUUAAACGAUGGAAUGCGUGUGCAUGUUGGUCAUGGGAUGUGAUGCAUGACACGUGUGUAAUAUGUCGUAAUGCUCUGAUGAGUUUAUGUAUUCAUUGUCAGGCAAAAGUUGGAACGAAUCCUUUGGAUGAAAGUUGCCUUGUAGCAUGGGGUGCUUGUAAUCAUGCAUAUCAUUUGCACUGUAUUAAGCGCUGGCUGGAAACAAGUCCUCAUCCUCGCUGUCCAUUAGAUAACAGAGAAUGGGAAUUCAGCCAAAUCGGUCAGUGAUGUGUGUUCUAAUCGAAUGAAUGCAAAUUAUUCAACAAUAUGUCAACAUUUGCUUUCUUAAACUUUCUAACUAAAGUGCAAUUAUUUCAUGAAACAGAUAUUUUGCUGAACACACAAACAAAUAAAGUGGGUAACUACUAGAACUUCUUUUUGACU